AUUCCGGCAACUACUUCUACUUAUUUUUGAGGUUAGAAUUUUGACAGGUCGCUCAAACUGUUGACAUAUUUGCUUCAUUGUCUUUUGCAAGCAGUAACAUAACCCAACUUUUCGGCACCCCCAGCAAACGUCAAACCAUGCAAAAUUGCUGCCGGUUCAUUUCCGGAAGAGAUCCGGAAACAAGAUCCAGCAGAAAUUUGUACUGAUUUGACGUUUGCUGAAAGUUUGGUUAUGUUACUGCGCUUGCAACAAAACAAUGGUUCUUUGGAGAUUUUGGUGUUCAAUUCUACCGAACGCUCAACCAAGGUUCGAGUGAUUCACAAUUCAUUCAGCAGCAGAGUGGUUCACCUCGCGCCAUUUCCCACGGUGUUUAUCAGCAGCUUAGCGAGAUCGCCGUUAUCACCUAAUAAUGGAUUCGUCACGAUAGCCCACCGAAAAGAACCGUUAAAUGGUUUGAUUAGUCCGGAAGGUUACCUCAGACCUAAGUUAACCUUCACCGCGGCAAAAUAUGUCUCCUCUAGUUUUGCUAACGCUUCUUCCGCUCGUCCUGGCGCAACAACGCCAAGAUCUCUGUACAGCUCAGCUGGAGGAGAUAGUCGCCGCGUCAAGCGCUGGAGAACCAUGGGCACUUGCAGUUCUGGACAGUUGGGGCCGUUGGCCGUCGGGUCAGUUCUCCGGAAGCCAGUUCGACCUGGGAGCGUUCGAUCAGUGCCGCCGGCAGUCGAUCUUCAGCGAUUCAGUGGGUAGGAUCGACGGACGGUACUGCCUGGUGGUCGUUCCGAGGAACUCUUCCGAAAACUUCGUGGACGUAAGAGGAAUUGGCGGCGUUGCCGUGGGCAUGUGCUUUCCGAAGGUGUGCAGUGAGGAACAGCUGAGCGAACCCGUGUUGGCGAUCGUCAAUUCAAGCUUCAAUAUCGCGGCGGAUUACGUGGGCAUCAAGUGCGAGCAAGAACCGGAUCGACCGGGAGCUGCCAGAACAACUGCAAUAACGGUAUUCGCUAUGAUCGGUACGCUGGUGAUCUUCAGCAUAGUCUACGACUUUGUCACAAGGUACUUCGCACAGAAACGUGAAGUGCUGUGGACUACUUUCUCCUUGCGGAGAAACUGGCUUCAGCUGACCAGGGUACGCCCAUCAACAGGAAGCUCGGAAAGUAUCGAAUGCAUCCACGGCAUCCGAGUGCUGGCCAUCAGUUGGAUCAUGCUGUGGCACAGCUAUUCGUUGACCUUCCUUGCACCGCUGAUCAAUCCGUACACCUUGUCUGACUGGAGAUCAUCGUUCCACAGCGCAAUGAUCACAAUUGGACCCAUCUCCGUGGACACGUUCUUCAUGCUCAGCGGACUGCUAACAUGCUGGAGUCUGCUGAAAGAACUAGACCGCAACGGUAAGCUGAACGUUCCGCUGCUUUAUCUGCACCGCUACUUGCGGUUGACUCCGGUGUUCGCCGCACUCAUCCUGUUCACCGUUGGAUUCUACCAGCGCAUUGGCGAUGGACCACUCUGGUCCGAGACGUACCAAUUAACUUCCGGCAACUGCAAGCAAUACUGGUGGUCUGCUCUCCUCUACGUUCAAAACUACGUCAACCCGCAUCAGGUCUGCCUCGGUCAUUCGUGGUAUCUCUCCGUUGACAUGCAACUGUUCCUGCUCUCACCGCUGAUCGUCUACCCGCUGUGGCGCUGGGGUCCACGAGUCCUGAUCGCUGUCGGCGUCCUAAUCCUGGCGUCCAUGGGAUGUCUGCUGAGCGUCUACCUGAUCAACGAUCUGCGCGCUAGCGUACUGGACGCAGGAUUGCUCCAGGAACGUAUAGCCUACCUUCCAACUCACACCCGGAUGGGAGCGUGGUUCGUCGGACUGAUCCUGGGUUACGUCCUUCAUCGGAUCAAACGACGAACCAUUACGAUACCCACAAUCUACGCGAUCCUCGGCUGGUUGACCUCCCUCGGAAUCUUGAUCGCCUGUAUCGUCUGCGCCUACGAAACGAACCAGCCGCACCCCCAUCCGAGCGCCACCUUGCUGGACACCUUGUACGGAACGACCCGUCAUGUCCUAUGGGCUUGCAGCGUGGCCUGGAUCAUCUUCGCGUGCACAACCGGGUACGGCGGCCCGAUUAACACCCUGCUAUCCGCGACCUUCUGGCAACCGUUCGUAAAGCUGUCGUACUGUCUGUACCUGCUGCAUCUACCGCUGCAGAUCUUCCUGACCGGUCGGCAGCGUACCGUGCGGCACUUUAGCGACCUGGAAGCGAUUCACUCCUUUUGGGGUGAAGUAGCGUUGGCGGUGCUGCUCUCGGUUGGAUGGACACUGCUGUUUGAGCUGCCGUUUCUGAAUCUGGACGAAUGGCUGCGGAAACUGGUGCGUGCGAAGCCUCCUAACGAGACCAACGAGAGCCUGAACGUAGUAGGCGAAGAACGACGGUGACUUUGAAUAAACCUUGGAUGUAAACAGUC